UUCUUUAUGGCGUUGCCACCUGCCCGAAAGGCGCAAACAACAGCUGUUCUAGCAUUUUCAUUUCGAGAAAUCCCAGAAGUUGAACCCUAACUACAUAUUUGCUAAUAUCAUAAAUUCCUAGUGUGUGUGCGCCACGCAGGAGAUUUCUUAACCACAUGCUGCAGUCUGCUCCGAAGCCGUGCCGCAGACGCACGUCCUUGAAGCCUGGGCACCUGCCGCAACUGAUUAGAACCACCUGUUGGUGCGAAUACUCCCACUCACGGCGGAGCAAACAAACGAAAAUACUCGGAACAUAGCCACGUAGUCUUCAAUCAGUUGAUUAAAUAUGCUUCACCGACUACCAGCUAAUGUGUGGACGCUGUGCGUUCAUGCGGCCUUGAUGGCCACAUUGGUCAAGGGAUCUGUUGGCCCAACAGAUAAUUUGGUUGGACGUUUACAGAAAUCGUACAACCCCAGCCAGCUGUCGGAGUCAAAGUUCCUGGAGUACAGCAAUCUGUCGGAUAAACUGCAUCUGAGGGAGGCAAUCAAUAACAUAAUGAUACCCAGAAUUGUGGGCACGGGAAACCACACCAUUGUGCGAAAGUAUAUUGAGGAAAGUCUUGAAAAUCUGGGCUGGCACGUGGAGCUAGACAGCUUCCAUGAUACGGCUCCCAUCAAGGGACAGUUGCAUUUCCACAACAUCAUCGCCACGCUAAAUCCAGAAGCGGAGAGAUAUCUGGUGCUCGCCUGCCAUUAUGAUAGCAAGUACAUGCCUGGAGUGGAGUUUCUGGGUGCCACAGACUCGGCAGUGCCCUGCGCCAUGCUCCUAAACUUGGCCCAGGUGUUCCAGGAACAACUUCUCCCAUUCACAAAGACUAAACUCAGUUUAAUGCUGCUAUUCUUCGACGGCGAGGAAGCAUUUCAAGAGUGGGGACCCACUGAUUCAAUUUAUGGGGCCAGGCACUUAGCCAAGAAGUGGCAUCAGGAGGGGAAACUGGAUCGUAUCGAUAUCCUUGUGCUUUUGGAUCUCCUUGGAGCUCCAGAUCCCUCUUUCUACAGUUUCUUUGCCAAAACCGAAUCGUGGUACAUGCGGAUGCAGUCUGUGGAGACGCGUCUCGCCAAGUUGCAACUUCUGGAGCGCUACGCCACUAGCGGUGUUACCCAGAGGGAUCCAACACGCUAUUUCCAGUCGCAAGCCAUGCGCUCAUCCUACAUUGAGGACGAUCACAUACCGUUCCUCCGGCGAAAUGUACCGAUCCUCCACGUUAUUCCCGUGCCGUUUCCCAGUGUAUGGCAUACGCCCGACGAUAAUGGCAGCGUGAUCGAUUAUGCGGCGACUGACAACCUGGCUCUGAUUAUUCGCCUCUUCGCUUUGGAGUACCUAAUGGGUGGAGGCGGGGCCAGCAGCUCCCUGCAGUGAAUCAGAAUUGUAUCUAUUGCAUGUCCGGCCUUAUCUUAACCUGACCUAAUUGAUAUCGACAAAAUGUUAAAUGUUCUGACCACCGUGAAAUCCCUGCGGAUCUAAUUGUUAACCGACUGUGUGCUUUGAGCCUACUUAAGCAGUACUGCAAUGCGCAUAAUCCGAUUAUUUUUAUACACCUAUAUUUAUACACCAUAUCUGUAUAUUUUUUGUGUAAUUUUUCGGUUGUAAAUUUCUUAGGCAUAUGCGUUACAAAAUACGAUAGUAAAUGUAAAUUAAAUCUAAAUAAUACGUAACUAACUACACUGGUGGGCAAAAUUCAGUUUGAUUUCUGUCACAAAACCUAAAAUUGUUAAAAUGGGACAUUGUAUUCCCACCAAUACCUGCGACAACAUUUUGCUAACCAAAGAUAUUUAAGCGUAUCGUCCAGAUAAGGAUCUCCAAAAUGUAUAUGGCAAUUUCGUAAACUAACUUAAAAUUAUCAAAAUCUU